ACUACAGACUUGGGUAACGCUUGGUUUCUUUUCUCACGCACAAGACAUCUGGGUCAGAAUGAACAAACACUUCCUGUUCUUCUUCUCCCUCUUCUGCCUCAUUGUGGCAGCUGCAUCACUGAAGUGUGUAACAUGCCAUCUUCAUACACCAUCAGACCACUGCAGAAGGGGCUUUGGUAUUUGCCUUGCUCAGAAGUAUGAAGCAUGCAUGAGCCUGAGGAUCUACUACAAUAACUCUCUCCAGAUCUCUUACAUGGUGUGUCAGAGGUUCUGCAAGAAAUUGUCGUACAGCUUCCACAAUCGGACUUACGUUCAUAAAUGCUGCCAUCACGAUUACUGUAACGUCAGACUCUAAGAUACUGCAGACUCCCAGGACCUCAUUCUAGAAGGUCACCUGUGCUUCUCAUCCUGUGUUCUCUACCUACAUUCCUUUUCUGCCCUCUCAGUCCCUCAAAACCCAUAUCAUCCUUCUAGGUCCCUUCAGCUUGGCUCUCUCUGAGCAGGGGAUAAUGACUUCAGUGGAUUUUUUUUUUCCUAUUACCAGAAUGAUCAUCUUCACUUCACCAAGAGGCCUGCCUCUACACACUAAUAUUUAAAACAGAACCAUUAUAGAGCUUCUUAUUAGCUUAGAUAAUUGAGCUAGACCAGAAAAACUUCAACUAAAAAUUCACAAAUAUAUUUAACUAAACAUCCCAUGAAUCACCACAUUGUUAAACAGAAAUAGUGGCAGAGUAGAUGAUGGACAUGCUCUGUAGAUGCAUGGUCACUUCCUCUGACAGUGCCCAUUUCAGACUCAGUCCUGAUGUUCUUGGCAUUUAAAGUACGUCCUCACACAUUUUCACAAGACAUAAUAGACAAAAGACAUAAUAAAUGUGCUGGUCUCUGUGGCAUUCCUAGCUCCAAUACGGCCAUUACUAUUGCUGACAAGAUUUAUGUCAGUGGCACAUUAUAGCAUCAGUCCUCUUCCUUUUCUAACCUUCCUCCAUUCCUUUCCUCCUUUGCCAGUCACCUAUCACCUCUCAACAUUCCACUGCUAUAUGAAUGUUUCCUCUAAAACUGGGAGAUCCUCUAAAUCUUUUUCCAGUAUGUUCCCCAGCCCUGGAGAUGUAUAAUCCAAGACAGGCAGCCUUUCAGUGUCCAUCACCUGUGGUCCAAAUGGGUCAUACUCAGCAACAUCUCCAUCUUCACUGGGGAAGCUCUCAGGGCCCUUAGCUCAAGACAUAGUGUUCACAAUGGAUCUGAAACUUCAGUUCUUUACUACCUAUAUGCAAAUAAU